AUGGUGGACAGUGUGCCCCCCGCAAUGGCCUCCAAGGCCAAUAUCGCCGAGGUUCCUACCGUGAGCCAUGCAGAAGACAAUCAAGCGCACUCUAAAUUGAGAUCUGCUAAACAUGCUGACGGUGACACGGCUAUGGCGCUGUUUGAUGAUCCGGACGAGCUCCAUGAGGAUAUCGAUCCGGCGGAGGCAAGGAAGUUGUUGUGGAGGAUUGAUUUCAUGAUUUUGCCUUACUUGGCCGUAUGCUAUGCAUUCUUCUAUAUUGACAAGACAACCCUGAGCUAUGCCGCUAUCUUUGGAAUUCGCGAGGAUCUCAAUCUCCAUGGCACUCAGUAUAGCUGGCUGAGUAGUAUCUUCUACUUUGGUUUCCUAGCAUGGGCUUUUCCGACCAAUUUCUUGAUGCAGCGUCUGCCCAUCGGCAAAUACCUGGGAGCGAAUAUCUUCAUGUGGGGCGUCUUCCUCAUGAUCCAGGCAGCCUGCAAUAGUUUCGAGACGCUUUCCGUUCUUCGAGCCCUGGGUGGUGCCGCGGAGGCCUGCGCCGAUCCAGCCUUUAUGCUGAUCACAAGUAUGUGGUAUACUCGCCGUGAACAACCUGUGCGCAUUGGAUUAUGGUAUACAGCGAAUGGCUUUGGUAUUGCAUUGGGUGGAUUGUUGGGCUAUGGAAUCGGCCAUCUUAAAGGCGCACUACCUUCAUGGAAAUACGAGUUCCUCGUGAUCGGUGCCCUGUGCUCUGCCUGGGGAAUUGUCAUGUUCAUCUUCCUCCCCGACUCACCCGUUACAGCUCGUGGUCUUAGCAAGAAAGAACGCCGAAUGGCCGUGGAGCGUCUACGAGAGAACCAAACUGGUAUUGAGAAUAAACAUCUCAAGCCAUAUCAGAUUCUAGAGGCUUUCAUGGAUUAUAAACUCUACAUGUUCUUCAUUCUCGGGAUGGUUUGCAAUGUCCCCAAUGGAGGUAUCUCCAACUUCGGUACCAUUAUCAUUCAAGGAUUUGGUUUCUCAACAUUGGUCACUACUCUCAUGCAGAUUCCCUACGGAUUUAUCAUCGCCGUAUCAAUCCUGACAUGCGUCUACCUCAACGACCGCUUCGAAAAUCGACGAUGCGUUUUUAUUCUAAUCUUCCUGCUUCCCAACCUCGCUGGCAGUUUCGGUCUUCGCUUUGUUCCAAUUCAACACAAGGUCGGCCGAUUGAUUUGCUAUUACCUGACAGGCCCGUACAAUGCGGCAUUCGUACUUGUCUUGAGCCACACGAAGAAAGUCGUCACGAACGCCGUUCUAUUCUUGGGGUAUUGUACCGGAAACAUCGCUGGUCCAUUCUUCUACAAAACCGAGCAAUCACCAACGUACGAACUCGGAAUUUGGUCCAUGAUCGUCUCGCAUUUGAUUGAGGCUGCCUUGAUCAUUGUCCUGGGCCUGCUGCUGCGCUGGGAAAAUAAGAAGCGCGAUCGCAUCCAGUCACAGAUGGAGGGUGGUCUUGAGGGGAGAGAUCUGGAUGCGACUGCGUUUUUGGAUUUGACGGAUCGAGAGAACUUGAACUUCCGUUACAUCUAUUAG